AUGACUCCCACAGAACUCAGGUACAGUCAGACAGAAAAGGAGGCCUUGGCGACAGCAUGGGCAAUUCAACGGUUUGACGAGUUUAUCAGAGGCAUUGCCUUCACUGUGGAAACCGAUCACCUGCCCCUCGUUUCGCUGUUUGGCAAGAUGGAACUGGACAUUUUACCUCCAAGAGUUCAACGACUAAGACUAAAGACAAUGUGCUAUGAGUUCCAGAUGCUCUACGUCCCGGGGAAGUUGUUAGCCACAGCUGACACGUUGUCACGGUGUCCUCCUGCACCUCAUGUGGAUGCGGUGGAACUCUUUGCAGUAGAAAUGGUUGCUGCUACACCAGAAGUGUUGCCUGUUAACUUACAGGCUGUAAGAAACGCACAAGUCUGCGAUGGAGAGUGUAGCACUCUAGUCUCCUUUUGUGAACAUGGCUGGCCACAUAAGUCAAAGUUGCCAGUCCAUGUGACUAAGUACUUGUCAGUGAAAGAUGAACUUUCUAUUUGCGAUGGACUUCUUCUCAAAGGCACUCGCCUUGUCAUCCCGGCGUCACUGCGAGCAGCAGUUUUGUGUCUUCUUCAUGAUGGACAUCAAGGUAUCAACCGUACGAAGUCCCUUGCUCGCGAGUCAGUAUGGUGGCCGGGAAUAUCAGCCGAAAUCAACUCUCUCGUCACAAACUGUGAAAAGUGUGCGGGUACCAGACAAAACCCUGCACAACCGCUCAUGUCCACUGACCUGCCCAGUCGUCCAUGGGAAGUUCUAGGCUUAGACUUGUUCCACCUUAACGGCCAAGAGUUUGUAAUGGUCGUGGAUUACUACUCGCGCUACCCAGAGGUAAUGACACUGAGAAGCACCACAGCCCAAAUUGUAAUUGGGGUACGUAAAAGCCUUUUUGCCCGGCAUGGGAUCCCCCAGCAAGUACGUUCGGAUAACGGACCCCCAUUUUCGUCGCGGGACUUCGCAGCCUUCGCCCUCUCUUAUGGCUUCGACCAUGUUACAAGUAGUCCCCACUACGCACAGUCUAACGGAGAAGUCGAGAGGAUGAUUCGCACAGUAAAGGAUCUACUACGUAAAGCAAAGGACCCGCAUCUAGCCCUCCUGAACUACAGAGACACAUCGGGAGUGACCGGUUUUAGUCCAGCGCAGUUACUCAUGGGGAGGAGACUCCGAACACGAGUCCCAAAAACUGAAAAUCAACUUCGUGCACAGUGGCCGAAAAGGGAAGAGGUGGCAGGCAGGGAUGAACCCUACAAAUGGAAGAAGGCCCAGGACUUCAACAGGCAUCAUCAGGCUAGAGAGCUGCCGCCACUUCGGACUGGACAGCAGGUCUGGGUGCGUCCAGAGCAGGUACGCGCCACCGUGCUGAGCCCUGCUCAGCGUCCAAGGUCUUUUGUGGUCGAGACAGAGCGUGAUGCAAUUCUACAGCGCAACCGGAGGCACUUGGUGCCUUUCCUACGAAAGCUUCCUGCUCUUCCGGUACUACAGCCUCCAGUAUCAACGAACUCUGCACCAGGGACCGGUACCCCUGUUCUGCAACACGGUGAGCGUGACUGUGCCGUGUACACCCGUAGUGGCCGCCGUGUGAUCCCAUCGGACCGUCUAAACUUGUGA